AUGUACACGUACACGUCUUCACAAACGCAGCGUCAAGAUCCCCCCACACCAUACAACAUCCCCUCUCUAGGCGCAGCCGGCGGUCGAUUGGCACCGACACUUGGAGCCAUAAUCCCAGGCUCGAUACUCAUCGGCCGUCCUGAAUUUCUGCCACUCAAUCUCGUCGCUCAUAUCUUGGCAUACCUCGAAGAUGAUCCUGCGACACUUGCUGUACUAUGCCGGACCAAGAAAGUGCUGUACUAUAUGGCUCUGCCACUGUUAUGGAAGAAUGUCACACUGCGGAACCACAGCACCGCAAGAAGACGAAAGCGCACAUGCGAUGGCGAUAUGAAGGAGGUGCCAGAUGGCCUGGGCGGUGCGAGUCCUUUCGCCAUGGGCUUGAACGCGCUGGUCACGCACCCAAAUGCCGGAAAGCUGGUAAGGCGGCUACGCUUUGAAGAUGCUGACGACAGCCACUUCGUCAGAGACGACGAAACUGAGGCGUGUUUGCGGAUAGGAAGGAUCAGCGAAAGCGCCAUGAUACUGAACAUCUGCAUUCGUGCAGCGCUCGAUAAGUGCCACGACCUGGAGGACUUCGACUGGAACCUCUGCAGCCGGCUAAUGCCCACAGUGUACGACGGUCUAUCAUCUUCAUCAAACCUCAAGUCGUUGCAUAUCAGGAUGCCCUCGCUACGGACGCCACAGCCGACGACGAACGUACCGGCAAUGAAAGCCCUACGGAGGCUUGUCAUCACCGACUACGAUCCGCUAUGCUUUCCAGACGAUGUCUCGAAUCUUAUAUACGAAGCCCAGCAGCUUGAGGACCUCCAGGUCCAUUUCUCUCCGCGAAUGCGCGAAGCCGGCGAGCCAAGCGUUCAGCUCACCCAUCUGAUGCGGAAGAACAUCAUGAACGAGCGGAAGCUUGUGCUGAAGCGGUUGGGCGUAUACAACUUCUUCGGCAAGCCAGAAGCCGAGCUUACGACGAAAGCAGCCAACAUUGCGACGGUCGAGGAGUUCACCUCGAUCAACUCAUUUGGCAAAGAUGAAGGCGAUACCAACGACCUGGCCUCUACCUUUGUAGAUCACGGAUGGACUGAGGGCGACGCAAUACUCAUGCCCAACCUCAAGGUCUGGAGGGUCGAUCAGCUGCACAGAGGCCACCUGAAAUCACUCAGAACGAAGAGGGGUCUCAAGAGCAUUUACCUCUUGAAUGCUCGACACGGUCAGUCAUACCCUUCGCCUUACAAUAUGUCGAGCACUUCGGGGAGCACUUCAGACAUAACGAUGGACUCCACGCAAACAUCCACGAACUCGUUCUCGUCAUCAUCCGGCCUGACCCGCUCUCCGUCAACACGCAGCGCACCCACCCUCCGGGGGGGCCUCCAGGACCUCUACCUCGACACGAUCUGCAAAUUUUCCGGGUCCAGCCUCCAACACCUCAUCUUCCCACACAAAUGGACCAUCAACGCCGCCAUGGUGGCUAAACUGAUCCGCGCAUGUCCGAAUCUAACCCAAUUAUCAGCCUGCAUCGAGUGCUCCGACGUGGAGUUUACCACAAUUCUGCUACCGUUCCUGCGCCGUCUGACCGCCGUGCGCGUGUCUAUAUCGCCCACAACACGGCCUGACUGUAAUAUGAUGACCCCAGAGGAGCGAGACCGACAUUUGGACACGGAGGACUUCACGAUGCUGUUGCGGGAGUGGUUGAGUGGGGAGGGCUAUGAUCAGUUGCGGUGGGUGGGGAUGGGUGAGCGGGUGUGGGAGGCUGGUGGGUGGGAGGAGGUGGAGGUCUUGAGCGGUUCAGAGAUGACGGGAGAGGGACAGGCGUCAAGGAACCCCGAGACAGUAAUGAAGAGGCGGGUGCGGCGGGCGCAGCUGGAGGAGGUGAAGGAUCUUGAAAUCUGGCGGAUGGACAGCCUGGACGUGAUAUAA